AAUAUUAAGGUUGCGUGGGACCAUGGGCAACCGCUGCUCUGUAGGUGGGAAUCCUAGCACUCAAAGUCCCAAGAGGCUCUCCCACGCUUUAGCGAACGCCAGUGCCCUUCAGGUGCUUGUGUGUGCGAAAAGUUUGUGUGUUGCCCACUUGUGGGAGAUCGUUCAUAGUUGCCCAUGGUGCAAGGCAUCCAGCCUGUCUCCCUCUCAUGCACGAUGCUGCUGUCGUAGUUGUUAUUUGUGCUUUGCUCGGACCAUCGGAUAGUGGGGAGCGUUCGAGCUGCUUUUGUCUCCCGCAGCGCAGGUCAAAGGUUUGAGAGAAGAGUGAAAUGCCAUUUUAAGUCGUGAAGAUGGCAUCCCUCCAAGUUCCGAUCGCCUUCAUGCAUGCAAACACCUCACGGAACUUGCAAAAUUCCUGGAUCAACUACCCCUCAUUCAUCUCAUUAGACAGGUAUGGAGCUGAAUUCGCAGUACAGACCUCAAGAAGGCGACUAUCCAUUGUUCGAGCAGGUGGAUGUCCGUUCGGAUUCAAGAACACCAUGGGGAAAGGAGCACAACGGGAAUCUUCGAUGGAAACGAACGUAGCUUCGACAGCAAGCCCUCCCGUAAACACACCGUACGCUCCAGCUCCAUCUGCUGAAGCCCCAGACGAAGUGAACCUCGGACUCGGCACAUUCGAAUACCUGCCGUUGACAGUGCCGUUCAGGAUGAGAAUGGGCACAGAGCCCCUGCAUAUGAAGGACUGGAUUGAGAUUGAUAUUUUCUACGAUGAGGAGAUGGCCCUGCGGCGGGAGAUUUUAGAAACCCGUAAAGAAGCUGCCAUCAUUACCCGCCCCGAGGCUGCCGAAGCAAACUGGGAAGCUUUGGAGUUGCUGGCCAGCUUUCUUCCGGUGCGAUUUCCAUCUCGAUUUUUCCGGGACGCUGACUUGCUGUGCAACCUAACCACUGGAGAGAGAUUCAAUGUUGGGGACAAGUCACUCAACCCUUUAGAGGUUAUGUCGCGUCUCAUCCAGGAAGAUAUUUGCGUGCUGAUGAAGGUGGACGGCACACUGAGGCUUGUAUCGGGCGCCGUGUUAUUCCCCCAACGAUGGCAGCUGCUGGAGAAAAUGGGGAUGGACAUCGCAUCCAUUCACAUGCCAGUGCCUUUGUUUGCAGACGAAAUCGGAUCAGCCGUGAACCAGUUCUUUACCCGCUUGAAAGUGGGAAAACCUGUGUGGCGUGCCAAUUGGGCCAUUGUCGACGACCCCACUCUUUUCCAACCUCUGAAUGAAGAGGACAUCUACGCUGCCAUGCAAGGACAAGUGAAGAGCAACUUCGACGUCACAGCGAACAGUGACAAUGUGGGUUCUCGUCUCUUCACACGGUGCGAGCGGGAGACGCUGAUGAAGCUCCCAAAAUCGGGAGCCGUUCUUUUCACCAUUCGGACCUACGUCAGACCAUUGACUGUCUUCCAAAAUCGGCCCAGACUGGCACAGCAGAUGGUGCGAGCUUUAGAGACUCUGCCAGAGUCUAUCACCAGGUACAAGACCAUGGCAGGCUUUUAUGACAUUGCUCUCAAUUAUCUUCGGGAAUGCGCUAGCCGUCCCACGGAAUCAUGAACUGAAUUGCUCUCGAUCGCCAUCUCCGUGUUGGUGAUACUGGUGGUUCAUUCACUGUUGAUGCUCUGCGGAUCCCCUUUACACAAACAAACUGUAAAGACACAAGUUGUGCUGGAGCGAUCGGAGGGGAUCUUCUUCCACUUUUGGUUAAAUCUCCCGAUGUCUUUGUUAUACCAGUUUAAAAGCUCGAAACGUAGAGAAAUUCAACAUAGUAUUCAAAAAUCCAUCGUUCUUACGUGUGCCUGUAGCAGGUCAGGUCGUAGCUAUUGUAUAAUGAGCAAUUUCUGGAGGUUAAGAACGGCGAAGGAUGAAUAGUUCGUGUGUAAAUGUGAAGACUUCCCAGACCCUAUCAAUUCGACGACAUCAAUCACUGUUGAGGUUCAAUUGUUAAUGUGCAAGUGUACAAGCCAGAAUUAGACACACGAGUAAGCAACAAUCUGCGUAGAAACGUAGUUGAAGGCGUGUGUAGCGGAUGCUUGCUUCAGCAGCAGCAGCAUCGUAGUGUGACCAAUUUCUCAGGCUGCUCCUGCAGUCAAUGUUGAAUAAACAAUGCCAACAUACGGCCUCCUUGCCAAUA